AUGAGUUCCGCACUUGCUCAUUACUUGUAUCCCCCCUCACCCCCUAAGCGGACUUUUCUACAACUACUUGGCAGACACAUCCUCUCCUCCACUAUUAUCAUAUAUACGUUUGAAUCAGGUCAAGUGGAAGCCGCAAUGACUGAGAUAGUCUCCCAAGGAAGGCUUGAACCGAAAGUGCCAGAUAUACAGGGCAGCGGAAGUGAAACUAACGCUGAGCCGGACGCAGAAGAAGAGAGGUUCAUACUGAGCCGGCACGCAAUACUUAUAUUCUUAACGUUAGCAGUCCUGACCCUGAUGGCUGCACUUGAUGGUACUUCCAUCUCUGUCGCACUACCGAUCAUUGCACAACGCUUGCACGGAACAGCCAUCGAAGCAUUUUGGAGCGGAACGUCUUUUCUUCUCUGCUCAACAGUAUUUCAACCAUCCUUUGCCUCAUUUUCCCAUAUAUUCGGCCGACGUCCCCUCAUACUGGUUGCGAUCCUUUUCUUUUUUACCGGGACUACACUGGCAGGUGUCUCACAAAACUUUACUCAGAUGCUUGUGGGACGAUCAUUGCAGGGAGUCGGUGGGGGUGGAAUCACUGCGUUAACCAACGUUAUUGUCACUGAUCUCGUGCCCCUGAGAGAGAGGGGGAAGUAUUAUGGUAUCUUGAACGCUAUGUGGAGUCUCGGUUCGGUGAUGGGGCCCAUACUCGGCGGUGGAUUUGCGCAAAAUGUUACGUGGCGUUGGGUUUUCUAUAUCAACUUUCCUUUCAUCGGAAUCGGCACAAUCCUCGUCAUUCUAUUCCUCAGACUCAGACCAGUUCCGACAACCUUCAUCGAAAAGCUCCGCCAAAUCGAUUAUGCCGGGAUCAUCCUAUUCACGGGAAGCCUUUCUUCUUUCCUAAUCCCCUUGACAUGGGGAGGAGUAUCCUAUGACUGGGACUCGUGGCAUACGCUAGUACCUCUACUUAUUGGUGUUAUAGGACUCGUUUUAUUUGUACUCUACGAACAUUACGUUACUAAGGUUCCCGUUAUUCCUACGAGCUUGUUUAGUAACCGCACGGCCAAUAUCACAUUCCUGGAAACCGUCCUCCAGGGUCUAGUCCUGUGGUGCCAGUUAUACUAUCUACCACUGUAUUAUGAAGCAGUGAAAGGGUAUAGCCCAAUUAUCACGGGGGUGGCCUUGUUCCCCGGAACAUUCACCGUGGCACCAUUCGCAAUCCUCACCGGAGCCUUGGUAACCUACACUGGCCACUACCGAUGGGCAAUCUGGCUGGGCUGGACCCUAUCAACCUUGGGAAACGGUCUACUUUGCUACAUUAAACCUAGCACGACCGUUCCGGCCUGGGUAUUUCUGACAAUGGUGUCCGGUAUGGGACUGGGAUUUCUAUUUCCUUCACUGGCGUAUUCAGUCCAAGCCUCGAUGGACGAUGAUAACUUAGCCAUGGCGUCGGCAUUGUUUAGCUUUUUCCGUACCCUGGGACAAGCUAUUGGCGUUGCGAUUGGAGGUGUGGUCUUCCAGAACCUAAUGCACAAGAACCUGCUCAAGUAUGCCGCCCUGGCAUCCAAGGCAGACGCAUAUAGUCAGGAUGCUGCGGAGCUUGUUCAGGUCAUCAAGUAUAUGCCUGAUGAUGAGGUCAAGGCGAACGUGCAGGUGGCAUAUACCGAUAGCUUGCGAAUUGGAUGGGCCAUGUGUUGUGGAAUCUGUGGGCUUGGGUUGUUUUUGAGCCUGUGGACUAAAGGAUACAGCGUGAAUCGGCUCCUACGGACCCCACAAGGACUUGAAGCUCGGCCCGUUGCAGAGGAUGACAAGCAGAAUGUACACUCCUGA